AUGGCCAUGACAUCCCCCAACAGCAGAGCGCUGGAACGGUACAAGAGCGCCGUCACGACGGCAACUUCCGUGCUGGGCGCGGCCAUGCUGCUGCGCCGGGUGCUCGCCGACGUCCUCCCAGGCACGGCCCUCGGCGCGCUGCUCCUCCUGCCGCCAGCCUCCGCCCGGCGCCACGCCGUGCUCAUCGAGGAGUUCGACGGCGCCCUGCACAACCGCGUCUUCUUGGCGGCCAAGGCGUACGUUUCCACGCUCCUCGCCGCGGCACCGUCCGUGCCGCUGAUGAAGGCCAGCCUGCCGCGCGGGGCCGGUGCGGAGCACGUCCUGCUCGCCCUCCGCCCCGGCACGGCGGUCGUCGACGUGUUCGACGGGGCAAAGGUCACGUGGCGCCUAAGCAGGAAGCACGAUGGGGGCGCCGGCAGGCGGCGGACCACGGAGGACGCGCGCGAGGUGUUCAAGCUCAGCUUCGACGCGGAGCACAAGGACAUGGUGCUCGGCUCCUACCUGCCGGCCGUCAUGGCCCGCGUGGAGGCCAUGUCCCAGGAGCAGAGGCAGACCAAGCUGUACAGCAACGAGUGGGGCAAGUGGCGGACCGUGAGGCUCCGCAACGCCUCGACGUUCGCGACGGUGGCCAUGGACGACGCGCUGCGGCAGGCCGUGGUAGACGACCUGGACAGGUUCUUGACCCGGAAGGAGUACUACCGGCAGACGGGGAGGGCGUGGAAGAGGGGCUACCUGAUCCACGGCCCGCCCGGCACCGGCAAGUCCAGCUUGGUCGCCGCGAUCUCCAACCACCUCCAUUUCGACGUGUAUGAUCUCGACGUCGGCAGCGUCAGGUCCAACACCGAGCUGAGGAAACUGCUGAUUCGGAUGAAGAACAGGUCCAUAUUGUUGGUCGAAGAUGUCGAUUGCGCCCUGGCGACGGCGCCACGGAGGGAAGCGACGGGAAGCUCCGGCGGGGGCAACCCUGUUUCCAAGAAUCACAAGGUCACUCUGUCGGGGCUGCUCAACAUGGUGGACGGCCUUUGGUCCAGCAGCGGCCAUGAGCGGAUCCUCAUCUUCACCACCAACCACAAGGACAGGCUAGACCCGGCGCUGCUCCGGCCUGGCCGGAUGGACAUGCACGUCCACAUGGGCUACUGCGGCUUCGUCGCCUUCAGGGAGCUCGCGGCCAACUACCACGGCAUCCAAGACCACCCGCUCUACCCCGAGGUCGAGGCGCUGCUGCGGGAGGUGGAGGUGGCACCGGCGGAGGUCGCAGAGAGGCUGCUUAUGACCGACGAUGCCGAUGCCGCUAUCGAGAUGGCCGCGAAGCUGCUGAGAGGCAGGAAGGCCGGGACCGGGGAAGAUGGCGGGUACAUCAAGCAGAAACUGCACGUAGGGCCUAGGCGCCCGCGUCGGCCCCCGGCUGCAAGACGGGCGGUGCUUGACGACGGAAUUGGUGGUUCCUCACGACGAGGCCAGGGGCGUGGAUCAGGGACAGGGCGACGUGGCCGAGGUGAGGUGCGCGGACGAGGACGGCGAUAG